CUUUUUUCUCUUUCUUCUUCUUUACAAUUUCAAAAUUAAGUCAUGGAAAAGCCUGUUAUUAAAUUUAAUGAUGAAUCCGCAAAGCCAAAUAUCGAUGUAUCGCAUAAUGAACGUGCUCGGUCGGUAGACACUACUGAUAAACGCUCUUUAUUGAAAUCCGUGCUUAUGCGUAAGCGUAAUUUCAUCCGCAAGGAACCUUCCGGACCCGUCGUAGAGGGCCCACCUUAUCAUACCAUGAAAAUCGAGACAGUAGCCCAGCUUUUAAAAUCCAACCUGGAAGACGGUUUGAUCGAAUCCGAAAUUGAAGAAAAGCGACUUGUGCAUGGAUACAACGAGAUGGAAGGCGACGGUGGUGUCAAUCCAGUCAAGCUCAUGUUGAAACAAUUCCUGAACGUCAUGGUGUUAAUCUUGGUCAUUGCUAUGGCCGUCUCCUUUGCCUUCAAAGAUUGGGUAGAAGCAGGUGUGAUUGCCUUCAUCAUGUUCUUAAACGCUGGUAUUGGUUUUAUGCAAGAAUACAAGGCCGAAAAAACAAUGGAGUCUUUACGUCAAAUGGCCUCUCCUACUGCACAAGUCAUCCGUGAUGGCCAACAAAAAACUGUCGCUACUCGUGAUUUAGUUCCUGGUGAUAUUAUUAUUCUUAAAAAUGGUGAUGUUGUCGGUGCUGAUUGCCGUAUUAUUGAUUCAUUCAACAUGGAUAUAGAUGAAGCUUUACUUACAGGUGAAUCACUGCCUGUAAACAAAGUCAAUGACGUUCUCGAGACUGCUGAAGUUCCUUUAGGCGACCGUAUCAAUAUGACGUAUUCUAGCACAACCUUGUGUAAAGGACGUGGUAAAGCCAUUGUUACCAGCACUGGUAUGCAAACCGAAAUUGGCAAGAUCGCAAAACGAUUAUUAGAAAGCGGUGAAAACUCACGUACUCCACUUCAAAAGUCUCUCGAUCGUAUGGCGCUUGUUUUACUUGCUAUUGCUAUUAUUGCAUUAAUCAUUGUCUUUUCUGUCGCCAAGUUUCAAAUCGAUGAUCAGGUUGUCCUCUAUGGUAUCUCUACCGCUAUUGCUGUUAUCCCCGAAGGUUUGAUUGCCGUUGUUACCCUGACCCAAGCAUUUGGCGUGAAUGCUAUGGCCAAAUCUAAUGCACUUGUACGUCGCUUGGUCGCGCUUGAAAACUUGGGCUCUGUUACAAACAUUUGUUCUGACAAGACGGGUACGUUAACCCAAUCCAAGAUGGUGCUGACUCGUUUCUGGAGACCUGAGGCUGGUUUCUUCAAGGUUUCAGGUCGUGGUUUUGAUAUUGAAGGUGACAUUGAGCAAGAAAGUGACGGUGUGAUUGUGUCCAAGGAAAAACUCGAUGAAGGCUUAUCCGAGUUGGUGCAUUCUGCUGCUCUUUGUAAUAUGAGUGAAAUGCGUCAAAACCAUGAAACUCAGGAAUGGUAUGGCAUGGGUGAUCCUACUGAAAUUGCUUUACAAGCCUUUGCUCACAAGUUAAAUAUGGGAAAGCCUUCUUUAACCAGUGCUGGAUGGAAGUUAAUUUCCGAAUACCCCUUUGAUUCCACUGUAAAACGCAUGAGUGUUAUUGUUGAAUCCAACCAUGGCGAGAAGAUCGCGUAUUUGAAAGGUGCUACCGAGCGUGUUUUAGAAUGUUGUACCAGUGUUCAAUUACCAGAUCGCAUCGAACCUAUCUCUCAAAAGGACUUACAGGCUCUUGUUUCCGAUCAUGUGGAGAAUCUUGCCAAGGGCGGUCUUCGUGUUCUAUCUUUAGCCGCCAAACGUAUCGAACAACAAGAAAUUAGCUUUAGUACUUUUCCUCGUCAAGAAAUCGAACAAGAGAUGGUCUUUUUGGGUCUCGUUGGUAUUUAUGAUCCUCCUCGUGCUGAAUCCAAGGUGGCUGUUGAGAAGUGUCAUCGUGCAGGUAUCACAGUCCACAUGUUGACAGGUGAUCAUAUUGCCACUGCCACUGCUAUUGCUCGUGAAGUGAGUAUCAUUCCCGUUGACGGUGAUGUUGAGCACUUGGUCAUGUCUGCUCAAGCUUUUGAUAAGCUCUCUGAAGAAUCCGUUGAUGCCUUACCCGAAUUACCACUUGUGAUUGCACGCUGUAGUCCUGACACCAAAGUCAAAAUGAUUGAAGCUCUUCAUCGUCGCAAGAAGAUCUCUGGUAUGACAGGUGAUGGUGUGAAUGACAGUCCUUCUCUUAAGGAAUCUGAUAUUGGUAUUGCCAUGGGUCAAGGUGGGUCGGAUGUAGCUAAGCAAGCUUCUGAUAUCAUCCUGGUUGAUGAUAACUUUGCUACCAUUGUUGCUGCCAUUCAAGAAGGUCGUCGUGUAUUUGCCAACAUUUCCAAAUUCACCGUUCAUAUGGUUUCUGUCAAUGUUGCAGAAUUGACACCCUUGAUUUUAUGCUUGGCUUUCCGUGAAGGCAAUAGUAUCGUAUUCCCUCUUUCGCCCAUUCAAAUCCUGUUCAAUAACUUGAUUACCAGUGCCCCACCUGCGAUGGCUCUUGGUCUUGAGCAUGUUCAUCCUGAACAAAUGUUGGUGCCUCCUAGAACUGAAAAGCAAAGUCUCUUUUGUCGCCGUAAUAUCAUCGAUAUUCUUUACUAUGGUGUCAUGAUGGGUCUUAUUUGUUUGGUCAAUUACGCGGUUGUAAUUUAUGGCUAUGGUAAUGGUAGUCUUGGUAUUGACUGUAACAAAUCAUUCAAUCAAAAUGAAUUCCGCGAUACCUGUGUUGAUGUCUAUCGUGCUCGUGGUGCCUUAUUUGUAACGAUGACUGUAUUACUUUUGCUUCACGGUCAUACCUGUCGUGACCUUGUUAACCCUACCUGGACUUGGAAAGGAAUUACGCAAAAGCAAAAUUAUUACAUGUAUUAUUCUUGGUUAUUUGGUUUCGGUAUCAUGUUUAUCGUGCUUUACGUGCCAGUUAUUAAUACUGAAGUGUUUAAGCAUCUUGGUAUUACGUGGGAGUGGGGUAUGGUGGCUGCCUCUGUUGUUGUAUAUAUUUUGUUAGCAGAAGCCUGGAAAUUUGUCAAGAGAAGAUUUUUUCCCGUGCAACAUUUAAUUGCUGUGUAACUUUCUUUUUUUUAUACCUUUUAAUAAAUCUAUGUGUGUCUUUUUCUUUUUUCGGGUUU